AUUAUUAUAAUUGUGUUAGUUAUGGCUCAAAAUUCAAUCAAUUUCAAUGUUGAAUCAUUACGAAAUGAAUUGGCCAAAAUUUUUAACGAAUCUCAGCAUUUAAAAAAUUCUAAAAAAAAUGUCAAAGAAUUUAUGAAAAUCUAUAAAUCAUGGUUUAUCGAUAAUGAAAAUUUUGAAAAUUUUAUGGCAACAUUUAUUGAAAUUAUGAAAAAUGUUUUGGUUUGUAACAAUUCAUCACCAUACACAAAACGUGCAUUAGAUUUUAUUGCAUUAAUAUUCAAAGAGAUAAUCUUUUUCGAAGAAGAAUAUGAAAGAAAACGUAUUGAUAAUGUAAUUGCUCGUGGUGAUGAAACAAUCAAUUCUGAAAUAAAUAAUGAUGCAAGUGAUUUUGAUGAUGAAAUUGGUGAGGAGUGUUUUGAUCGUGACAAAACUAUUAUCGAUACACGUUUUAUUUCAGAACCAACCACCGUAGAUUUAUUUAUACGAAAUUAUCUGCUAAAAUUUAUUAAAGCUGAUGAUGUAUUUGUACGUCGUAAUUCUGUAUUGCUUUUAAGAAAAACGAUUGAUAGUCUUGAAGAAGUGGAUGAAAAUACAUUUGCUGAAGUAUUGAAAGAACUUCGUAAACGAAGUAUUGAUAAAGACAAAUGUGUUCGUUCAUUAAUUAUGUUGUGUUUACGAAAACUUCAAAAUAUUAAUAAUGAUGAUGAUAAUGAUGAUGAUGAAGCCAUAAAAAUAUUGAAAUUCCAUCUACAAUAUGAUCCUGAUUCAUUUGUUCGUUCGGUUGCAAUGAAAACGAUCGGACUUUAUUCCAAUACAAUCGAAGUCAUUUAUAAUGCAACACGUGAUAUAGAUGAUGUCGUUAGACGUUUAGCAUAUCUAAAGAUUGCUGAAAAUAGUUGUGCAAAUAAUUUUUCUGCCAAUGAUCGUUUACAAUUAUUGAUCAAUGGCCAUACUGAUCCUAGUAAUCAGAUAAAUAAUAUUAUCAUUAAGAAAUUAUUACCAACUUGGAUUUCUGAUGUUAACGAUGAUAUUAUUCGAUUCUUGGAAUAUUUUGACAUACGUAACGAAACAGAUUUUUUCAAUACAUUAUUGGAUGAUUAUUUUCAAUCAUUAUUGAAAAUUGUUGAAAGAGAUGAUAUCACUGAAUUCCAUCAAUUGGUAUUUCGUUUUAAACAAAAAUGUAUGAAUGAACAUAAAUUUCCAUCGAUAAUUUUACCAAAAGAAGAAUGUGUUUAUUUGUGGUAUAGACUUUGUAAUUUUUCAAAAGAAAAUAAUAUCACCUAUAAAAAAUCAAUGCCUAUUUCACAAAACAAUGAUUAUGAUGAUGAUAAUGCUAAUGGUGAAUUAUCACAACGGCAAAAUUUCAUCAUCAACGAUCUAUUGGAUGAUAUUUUUCCCGACAUUCCUGUUUAUUGUGAUUACAUUGAAAGUUUUGUCAACAAUACUAUUUCGUUGCAUAGCCAACAGAAGAAUGAUGAUCAAUCACAAUCUUCUAAAAUUGUUUUUCGUCAUAAAGAAUUGAAUUUCAUUUUUCAACAAUCACUUAACAUUGGUAAAUUGUAUAAAAUUAGCGAUACAGCACAAUGGAAUCGUAUUGAACGAACAUUUCGUUCAAUCAUAUUGAAUGAUGAUCUCUAUACAAUGCUCAAUGAUUACAUAGAACCAAUAUUUAUUAUUUUCAAUAAUUAUUUUCAAAAUGAUUGGCAACAAUUAUUGGAAUUGGCAUUAGAUUUGAUCAAUACUAUCAAUUUGCCUGAAUUACAUUGUGAUCGUAUACAAACACAGUCACAGUCUCAGCCAAUGAAUAGUGAUUAUCAAUCACAAACAAAUGAACAACAAUUGAUACCAACAUCACAAUUGAAUCCACAAGAAAGAAUCGAAACGGAUCCAAAAAUUUUGGAAAGAUGUAUCAAUAUUUGUAAUUCAUUUCUUCAUGUUGGUGGACCAAAAAAUUGCGAUACAUUAUCAAGUCUGCGUGGAUUGGUCAAUAAACUUGUAUUACAAAAUUUAGCACAUCCAGAAAGUGAGAAAAUUCGUUUAUUAUCGGUAAAAGCUUUGGGCAAUUAUUGCUUCCAAUCGGUUGUUACAAUCAAUUCUUUUCUCAAAGUGUUCAUUGAAAUUCUUAAAGAAGAAAAUUAUCUAGAUGCUAGAGUUGAAGCACUAAAAUAUAUAUUCGAUUUUGUUGGCUUUUAUGGUUUGAGAAAGAUAAAUUUUGUUGAUUCAGACAAUUCAAGCAUUCGUAAUCAAUCAAAUAGUAUGAAUAACAGUCAUGAUGUUUCAAAUCGUUAUGAAAACUUUUUCGAAUUUUUUUCGGAAAUGUUAUUGGAUUUUUUGGUGGAACCAUCUAUGGAACCGGCUAUAAUGAAGAAACGUCCAAAAACUCGUAUCGAAUAUGAUCUAUUCGAUAUAGCGGUUCGUGGUCUAUGUAAAAUUCUUUACAUUGGUCGUUUUAGUUCAUCGGAUUUUCUUGCCAAAUUAAUGAUCAUAUUUAUUACUUAUAAGAAUAUCACAACCGAUACAAAAUAUUUUCUACGAAUAUUCUUUCAUCGUUAUAGUGAAAAUAUUGAAGCCUUUUUUGAUCAUUUCAAAACAAAAAACAGCCCAUUCAAUGAUGCAUAUGUUCAAUGUUUCAAGAUGUUAAUGGAAAACGAUGUAACUAAUUUGAAUUCAUAUGAAAUGGUUGUCGAUAUGGUCGAUGCUUGUACAAACGAUGAUCAACGUAAUAAUUUGGUUAGUAAAGCAAUGGAAAUAUUUACAUUGACAUCAGAAAAAGAUUUGAUUCAUUUGAAUUUGAAAUUUAUUGAUCGAAUCAUUGAUUAUAAAUGUAUUGAAAAAUUGGAUUUAUUGGAUUUAAUCAAACAAUUUGAUGAAUAUCGACAACGUUAUCAAAGAAACAAUAAUACAGUCCGAAGCAGACAGGAUAAAUGUAUUUUAUUAUUCAAAAAAAUUAUACAAAAUCUACAACUUGCAUCACAAGGUAAAAAUCAAUCAAUCGUAGAGAAUGAUGAUGAAAAUAAUCCACGUACACAGCGAUCAUUAUCAUCAAUAACAACAACACCAAUACAACAACAACGGAAACGACAUUCAAUUGAAAAUGUAAACACGAAUCAAGAAAUCGAUGUUACUAUUGUUGAUGAUAAUAAUGUUGCCAAUGGUGAUGAUGAUGAUGAUAAUCAUGGCAUUUCCGAUUUGGACGAUGAUGAUGAAGAUAAU